CGCAGCACCGAGUGUAAUGUCUCUGACUCUGCCGCGCGGAGGGGCGGAGGACACUGUGGCCCUCUCUCUCUCCCUCCCUCUCGGGUUUUCCUUGUUCAAAUCGUGGCAAUGAGCAGUUCUGCGCCGAGACGAGCGUCAAACGCCAUACACGGACGGACAGGGUAUUCUUUUGAACAACAUUUCACCCGCAGCGAAGUUCGUCCACGGUAUUGACUCAAGUGUUGUUCACCUGUCGAGGAUGGCAAACUGAUGGCCUUUCUCAUGUCGGAGGCUAGCUGUUCACUCUGAAGGUGCAGGAUGAAAAAAUGGCACAGCUGCUUGUACCGCCAGGCCCAGACAGCUUCCGCCCCUUUAGUCGUGAGUCCCUCAAAGCCAUCGAGGCACGGAUUGAAGAGGAGAACGCCAAGAAGCCCAAGGGCGAGAAGAGAAAACGCGAUGACGAGGAUGACCUUAAGCCCAGCCGUGACCUGGUGGCAGGCAAAUACCUCCCUAUCCUGUAUGGGGACAUUCCCAAAGGCAUGGUGUCGACACCGCUGGAGGACCUGGACCCCUCCUACUGUAAUCAGAAGACUUUCGUAGUAUUAAACAAAAGAAAGGUCAUCUUCCGCUUCAACGCCGCGCCUGCCUUGUACCUGCUGAGCCCUUUCAACCUUCUCAGAAGAAUAUCAAUUAAGAUUUUGGUACACUCAUUGUUCAACGUGGUGAUCAUGUGUACCAUCCUCAUCAACUGUGGAUUUAUGACACAGAGUGGACUGCCUGAGUGGGCAAAGAAUGUGGAGUACACAUUUACUGGCAUCUAUACCUUUGAAUUCCUCGUUAAGGUUUUAGCUCAAGGGUUCUGUGUCGGAAAGUUCACAUUUCUAAGAGAUCCCUGGAACUGGCUGGAUUUCUGUGUCAUUGUUAUGGCGUAUGUAACAGAGUUUCUAGUCCUUCGCAAUUUUUCAGCUCUGCGCACGUUCAGAGUGCUGAGAGCUUUCAAAGCCAUUUCAGUUAUCCCAGGCCUGAAGACCAUCGUUGGUGCGUUGUUCCAGUCAGUGAAGAGGCUUUCUGAUGUGAUGAUCCUUACGGUCUUCUGCUUAAGCGUCUUUGCCCUCAUAGGGUUGCAAUUGUUUAUGGGCCAUUUAAAGCAGAAGUGUGUACGGAACGGCACAUUAUAUAACACGACGGAGAGCGGGAACAACUUCAACCAAUCAGCGUUCUUGAUCAAUGAGAGUCAUUAUUAUUACCUUCCAGGAAAGACAGAUCCACUGCUUUGUGGAAUGAGCACUGAAGCUGGGCAGUGUCCAGAGGGUUUCACUUGCCUCAAAGUGGGAAAGAACCCAGACUAUGACUACACCAGCUUUGACUCAUUUGGCUGGGCCUUCCUUUCUCUGUUUAGGCUAAUGACACAGGAUUAUUGGGAAAAGCUUUAUCAACAGACGUUGCGGGCAUCUGGGAAGCCUUACAUGUUGUUUUUUGUGCUGGUGAUAUUCCUCGGUUCUUUCUACCUGAUCAACCUGAUCUUGGCUGUAGUGGCCAUGGCCUAUGAGGAGCAGAGCCAGGCCACCCUGAAGGAGACUAAGGAGAAGGAGGAGAAAUUUCAGGCCAUGAUGGAGCAGCUAAAACGGCAGCAAGAGGACGCUCAGGCAGCAGCAACUGCAGCUGUUGCUGAGACUGGGGAGGUCGGUGACAAAGCUGGUGGCAUUGAGAGCUCGGCUGACACCUCCAAGCUCAGCUCCAAAAGUGCCAAAGAGAGACGCAACAGGCGAAAAAAACGAAAGGAGGAGGAGGGCAAAGGGGCUGAGGAGUCGCAGUGUAGUAUAAAUAGGACUCGCUGCCGCUUCUCCGUGGAUGCAAACCCGCUCAACUACGAUAUGAAAUGCUCUUCCGCACAUCAGUCCUUUCUGAGUUUUCGAGGACACCUGUUCUCAUCCAGACGGAACAGCAGGACCAGCAUUUUCAGUUUCCGAAGCCAAGCGCAGGACGCAGACUCAGAGAAUGAGUUUGCUGAUGAUGAGAAAAGUAUUUUUGAGGAUAACCUAAGCCGGAGAGGCUCUUUACUUUUCCCCCGGACUUUUGAUCGGCGCAGCAGCAGCAGCUUAAGCCAGUGCAGCUUCUUGUCACAUCGCCGGCUUCCACCCUGUGGGAUCAAGCACAGUUCUGUAGACUGCAAUGGGGUGGUGUCUCUGGUGGGUGGGAAUUCUGUCCCAUCAUCACCUGUGGGGCUCCGUCUGCCUAAAGUGACAGUAGAUUUCGUCUCCACUGCAGACAACGCUGACACCACUGACUCGGGGUACAGACAGGCCAGUGGGGGACCAAACCAGGAGUGUAUGUACUUCCUUGAUGGCCCAGAGGCCAGACAGCGAGCUCAUAGUACAGCUAGUGUCAUAACCAGCACAUUGGAGGAGCUGGAAGAGUCGAGGCAGAAGUGUCCCUCUUGCUGGUACAAUUUUGCCCAAACCUUCCUCAUCUGGGAAUGUUUUCCAGCAUGGCUGAAGAUCAAGAGAGUGGUUAAACUAAUUGUAAUGGACCCAUUUGUGGAUCUAACCAUCACCAUCUGCAUUGUUCUCAAUACAUUGUUUAUGGCCAUGGAACAUUAUCCAAUGACCACGAAUUUCAGCAAUAUGCUGACUGUUGGCAAUCAGGUCUUCACUAGCAUCUUCACUGCUGAAAUGGUCCUUAAGAUCAUUGCAUUGGACCCAUACUACUACUUCCAGGAGGGGUGGAAUAUUUUUGACGGAAUCAUUGUCAGUUUAAGCUUGAUGGAGCUUUGUUUGGAGAAUGUGGUUGGCAUGUCUGUUCUGAGAUCAUUCAGAUUGCUGAGAGUAUUCAAGUUGGCUAAAUCAUGGCCCACUCUUAACACGCUGAUCAAAAUAAUUGGUAAUUCAGUGGGGGCUCUGGGCAACCUGACCCUGGUGCUGGCCAUUAUCGUCUUCAUCUUUGCUGUGGUGGGCGUGCAACUGUUUGGAAAAAGCUACAAGGAAUGUGUGUGUAAAAUCUCUGUCGACUGCACUCUGCCCCGUUGGCACAUGAGCGACUUCUUCCAUUCAUUCCUCAUUGUGUUCCGAGUGCUUUGUGGAGAGUGGAUAGAGACCAUGUGGGACUGUAUGGAGGUGGCUGGGACGCCCAUGUGCAUCACUGUCUACAUGAUGGUCAUGGUUAUUGGAAACCUUGUGGUGCUGAACCUGUUCCUGGCCCUGCUACUGAGUUCAUUCAGUGCCGACAACCUGGCAGCGACAGAGGACGACAGCGAGAUGAACAAUCUGCAGAUUGCCAUUGGACGUAUUCACAAAGGCAUUGCGAUUGCCAAGUCCCUGCUUCGAAGCAGCUGCAACAGCGUCUGUCUCAGGGAUAAGAAGAAAGGGAAGGGUGAUGACAAAUCACUGAAUGAGCUCCACAGACCUCUAGGGCCGAAUGGUGUCCCCAACCACACCAUCAAAGACUUUCCUAAGAACGCCAACGGGGACCUGACUGGAGUGGACAAAAAUGGAGACAAGUACAUAGUCAGCAGCAAGAGUGACGAUUCUAUAAUGUCUUUUAUCAACAAUCCUAGUCUGACUAUCACUGUUCCUAUUGCUGUGGGAGAGUCAGACUUUGAAAACCUCAACACGGAGGACUUCAGCAGUGUCUCAUCUGACCCAGCAGGAUGCCAUGUGAUUGUAGACGAUGAUGGGCAGCUCAGUUCCUCCGAGGGUAGCACGGUGCAUGGUUUGCCCGAUGGGGAGGGAAGAGAGUCUCUUGACUUUGAACUUGAGGAUUCUAUGUACCCUGACGCUUGCUUUCCUGAUGGUUGUGUGCAAAGGUUCAAGUGUUGUCAGGUAAAUGUAGACGUGGGCUGGUGGAAGGUGUGGUGGACCCUAAGAAAGACCUGUUACCGGAUUGUGGAGCACAGCUGGUUUGAGAGCUUCAUCAUCUUCAUGAUCCUGCUUAGCAGUGGAGCACUGGCAUUUGAAGAUAUCUACAGUGAGAAGAGGAAGACUAUCAAAAUAAUGUUGGAGUUUGCAGACAAAAUCUUCACCUACAUCUUCAUUCUUGAGAUGUUACUGAAGUGGGUGGCAUACGGAUUUGCCAAGUACUUCACUAAUGCCUGGUGCUGGCUGGACUUCGUCAUUGUUGGUGUAUCAAUAGUCAGUUUGGUAGCCAAUGCCAUUGGAUUAUCAGAAUUCGGUGCCAUCAAGUCUCUGAGAACGCUGCGGGCUUUGAGGCCCCUGAGAGCCUUGUCACGGUUCGAGGGCAUGCGGGUCGUUGUCAAUGCCCUGCUCGGAGCCAUUCCCUCCAUCUUCAAUGUGCUGCUGGUAUGUCUCAUAUUUUGGCUCAUCUUCAGCAUCAUGGGAGUCAACUUAUUUGCGGGGAAGUACUACCAUUGUUUUAACAAAGCCACCGGUAAGCCUUUCCUUCCAUCAGAGGUUAAAAAUGAGACAGAGUGUAAGGCCUAUGACAAGAGCCCGGCUCGCUGGAAGAAUGUCAAAAUCAACUUUGACAAUGUUGCUGCGGGAUACCUCGCACUGCUGCAAGUGGCUACAUUCAAGGGCUGGAUGCAGAUCAUGAAUGCUGCUGUCGACUCUCCAAGCAAGCCAGGAGAACAACCCGAGUAUGAGAUCAACCUGAUUAUGUACCUGUAUUUUGUUGUUUUCAUCAUAUUUGGAGCCUUCUUCACACUCAAUCUCUUUAUUGGUGUCAUCAUAGACAAUUUCAAUCAGCAAAAGAAAAAGUUUGGAGGUCAAGACAUCUUCAUGACCGAAGAACAGAAGAAAUACUACAAUGCCAUGAAAAAGCUGGGGUCAAAGAAACCACAAAAACCGAUUCCUAGACCAUCAAACAAGAUUCAAGGAUACAUCUUUGACUUCACCACAAAACAAGCAUUCGAUAUUUUAAUAAUGGUUCUAAUAUGGCUUAAUAUGGUAACGAUGAUGGUGGAAACUGAUGACCAGUCGGAGAAAAAGGCAAACAUUCUCAACAAAAUCAAUAUAGUAUUCAUUUGCAUCUUCACUGGAGAAUGCUUGUUGAAGAUGAUUUCUCUUCGCCAGUACUUUUUCACAAACGGCUGGAAUAUAUUUGAUUUCAUCGUUGUCAUUCUGUCAAUCAUUGGUAUGUUUCUCUCAGACAUUAUAGAGAAGUAUUUCGUUUCGCCAACCUUGUUCAGAGUCAUCCGGUUGGCUCGGAUUGGCCGCGUCCUCCGCCUUAUUAAAAGCGCCAAAGGGAUCCGGACACUCUUGUUUGCCUUGAUGAUGUCACUUCCUGCUUUGUUCAACAUUGGUCUCCUGCUCUUCUUAGUGAUGUUUAUUUAUGCAAUCUUUGGCAUGUCAAAGUUUGCCUACGUCAAGAAGGAAGAGGGUAUUGAUGACCUCUUCAAUUUUGAGACAUUUGGCAACAGCAUGAUCUGUCUGUUCCAGAUCACCACCUCAGCAGGGUGGGAUGGCCUACUAGCUCCCAUUCUCAACACAGAUAAAGAAGAUUGCAAUCUUACCAUGGAGCAUCCUGGCAAUUCUGCUAGGGGAGACUGUGGGAAUCCUCCUGUGGGAAUUGCGUUCUUCGUGAGCUACAUCAUAAUCUGUUUCCUGAUUGUGGUGAAUAUGUACAUUGCAGUCAUCCUGGAAAACUUCAGUGUGGCCACAGAGGAGAGCGCGGACCCACUAAGUGAGGAUGAUUUUGAAAUGUUUUAUGAGGUCUGGGAAAGGUUUGAUCCUCAUGUAUCACAGUUCAUGGAGUACAAUAAGCUGUCAGAAUUCGCAGAUGCUUUGGAGCCACCGUUACGCAUAGCCAAGCCUAACAGGCUCGAACUGAUCUCCAUGGAUCUUCCCAUGGUGAGUGGUGAACGCAUUCACUGCCUGGACAUCCUGUUUGCAUUCACAAAACGUGUUCUAGGUGAGGGUGGGGAGAUGGAUAUCCUGAGGGCGCAGAUGGAGGAGCGCUUCAUGGCCUCCAAUCCUUCCAAAGUGUCCUACGAACCCAUCACGACCACUCUGCGCCGCAAACAGGAGGACAUUUCAGCCACUGUCAUCCAGAGAGCGUUCAGAAAUUAUGCAAAGAAAAAUCCUGCCAGUAAGCCCUCGGACACAUCCAAUGAUGACAUUCAAAAGAAUGAAACGCUCAUUGACAAUCAGGUUGUUGUCACCGAUGAACUCAAAAAACAUUCUUCCGCCGAUAGAAGCGAACUACCACCUUCAACUGCCUCUCAGCCGUCAGGUAACAGUGUGACCACAGAUGAAAAAAACAAAUAUGAAAAAGACAAAAGUGAAAAGGAGGUUGCGGCCAAAGAUGUCCAAGAGCAUGAUAUAUAAACAGAUCUUAGGGAUACAACAAAGACAUUUUAAUUAAUGACAGAAGGUUUGCAUCAUUCAAAGUUGACAAAGACAUCUCUCUUCCUCUCUAUGGAUAUCUAUGCCAAACUGACCAUGCUAACUUGAGGUUUUGGCGCCUAAAUGGAAAGGUUGUAGUGGGACCAUUUUGGUUGUGUUGAGGAGCCAGGAUGAGCUGUUUGUGGUGAUGGGAAACGUUUCUCAAAGUGUUUUGAAAGACACAUUAGUUAAUGCUUCUGUUGCAGAUCAUUCUGCUAUCCAGUGUCUUGAAUUAUUAUUAUAUCACUCACUGAUGUAUUAACUGACUUAAAUUGACUUUAAUGACUUAAAUGGACUUUUUAUACACUUUUUUUUUUACUCUUCAGAAGGGUUGUUCCUUCAGGGGUCCUCUUUAUAAUGAGAAUCAUUGCUUUUAGGUUAGUCUUGCUAACUGAUAGCACUUAGAGUACUUGACAAAUCCAAGAGACAGUGUCAGAGUUGCUGCAGUUAACAAUUAAUGUUGACCUGUAUGAAUGUUUCACCAUGAUUAUGCAUGCUAGUGUUCUCUUUUCUUCAGGCUCUCUCCCUGUCUAUCAUGCUUCUUGAUGCCAACUUAACAGUCAGGACACUGAUCAUUUUACACACAUUACAGACAUAGCCUAAGGUCCAAACAAAUCUAGUCAUACUCAAGUAUGCUUGAGCAUCAGUGUCAGAGCAGCAACACUUGGCAGAAAGACUCCACACAUUGUUUUGUCGAAUCAUUUGUGUGUGUGUGCUAUCAUGUAUGUUUGUAAUGUUGAUAAUUAUGUACAACAUUUAUCAUGAAACUGUGCUCAAACAAUCCUCAACCGAGGGUUUGUCUUUGAAAGCUGGAAGUUUAAGUCAAAGCCUUCAGUAUGUUGUUGGCACAUUUUCUCUGUACCCGUCGUAAGUUACCUCGUUCAACCACAAACCUCUGACAGUUUGCUGUUGGAGAAGAUCAUCUGUAAUAUUGUCUAUAUGUACGACAGCAGUCACUGUUUUUGACUCCUCCAACAUACAUGGGUACUCCCCGUGUCCACCGUGUCGUCAUUUUUUUGUUCAUUUUUGGACCAUUAUUGCAAAUAUAUUGUAUUACCUGUGUUAUUAUAUCACAUUAUUUUCUCCAUGUUCUGCUUCAUUCUGGCAGAUAGGGAUACACAUGCAGCAGGAGCUGUGAGGUGAGAAAAUGUAAAUGUCUAUUUAGAACUGUUUGUUUGGACUUAGAAGGAAGGACUGUGGUUGGUUACUGGUGAUGUAAUAUGAUUAUUCAGCUGCAUAUUUUCAGUUGGAAAUAGUGACUGAAAAAAUGGGAAGUUGAACUUUUAUUUUUAUUUUUUUUGUGCUUAGUAAACUGUUUUUACACAGUUUACCUCUCAAUCUUUAUCAUUCUAAAUAUCUAAUUGGAUGAAAGAUGGCUCCGAAUAUUCUGAAUGAUUGUCUCAAGGACAUUGCAUCACUCAUCUCUCGUCCCCUUGGCUGUUUCUGACUUCUGUUUACAUUUUACAUGGGCAUUUAGCUGUGUUACUUUUUCACUUCUUCCCAUGCCAUCCACUCGAAACUGUGUCACAGCUUCAUCCGUUGUUGUAAAAGUAUAAUUCCAUUCAUGUGAGUAUAUUUUGCAUGUAAUUAAAACCUUCAAUACUUGCACUGUACUUUGAGCAUAAUGAAAGAAUGUUUUGAUUACAUAGAUUUUAACAUCUCUCAUCAUUUAAAUGCACAAUGCUUGUGUAGUGUAUAAAUAAAUUGCAUGCAAGACACUGCUAUAACCCAUUUCAAUGCAAAGCCAAAAGAAUAAAGAUUACAUGUACCUCAA